GACGGGAGGAGGGACAGGAGGAGGGAGGGCAGGCGGGCGCCAGCCCAGAGCAGCCCCGGGCACCAGCACAGACUGUCUCCCAGCCCAGGCGCCCCCCACUCUCGCUCCAUUCUGCAGGAGCACCCAGUCCUGUGAGCCAAGGAACUGGUCCUGGGGGCACCAUGGUUUCAGCAGCAGCCUCCGGCCUCCUCAUCCCUCUGUUGCUGCUCCUGGGGUCUGUGCCCGCCACCAACGCCCGCUCUGUGGCCCUGAAGGCCUCGUUCCCGGAGGACGUGGCAGGUAGUGGGGAGGCCGAGGGCUCACUGACCUCCUCCCCGAGCCUCCCACCAGCCUGGACCCCGGCCCUCAGCCCCACAUCGACGGGACCCCAGCCCACAUCCCUGGGGGGGCCCUCACACCCCACCAACUUCCUGGAUGGGAUCGUGGACUUCUUCCGCCAGUAUGUGAUGCUGAUCGCUGUGGUGGGCUCCCUGGCCUUCCUGCUGAUGUUCAUCGUCUGCGCCGCAGUCAUCACCCGGCAGAAGCACAAGGCCUCGGCCUAUUACCCGUCGUCCUUCCCCAAGAAGAAGUACGUGGACCAGAGUGACCGAGCUGGGGGCUCCCGGGCCUUCAGUGAGGUCCCCGACAGGGCCCCUGACAGCCGGCCCGAGGAAGCCCUGGAUUCCUCCCAGCAGCUCCAGGCCGACAUUCUGGCUGCCACCCAGAACCUCAAGUCCCCCACCAGGCCUGCACCAGGCGGUGGGGAUGGAGCCAGGAUGGUGGAGGGCAGGGGAACGGAGGAAGAGGAGAAGGGCAGCCAGGAUGGGGACCAGGAAGUCCGGGGACAUGGGGUCCCAGUGAAGACACCAGCGGUUCAGGAGGAACCAUGCUCAGGGGGGCCUGAGGGGGCUCUGGUGGCCGGUGAGGGCCAAGGGGAGCUGGAAGGGCCCCUCUUGCUAGCCCAGGAAGCCCAGGGACCAGAGGGUCACCCCGAAGCCUCCUGCGCUUGCAGCAGCGUCCACCCCAGUGUCUAACAGGCCUCCCAGGCUGCCAGCCCUGACUGUCGGGGCCCCAAGUGGUCACCUCCCUGGGCAUGAAAAGGCCUUCAGUCCUGAGGGCUUCCUGACACUCCCUCCUUGGCCACCCUGUGGUGCCAAUCCCAGCAUGUCCUGAUUCUACACCAGGCAGAGAUGCUGGUCCCCAGUCCCCAGGAGGAAUCUCACCAAGUGCCGACAUCCUUCACCUCUGCAGCCCCAAAGGGCUAUAUUCUAAAGCACAGCUUGCCUGACAAGGCGAGGGAGGCCACAGGUCCCUGUGACAGCCAAGAUUAAACAUCCUGCGAGGCUGAGUGCGGAGGCUCAUGCCUGUAAUCCCAGCGUUUUGGGAGGCCAAGUCCGGACAUCGCUUGAGACGAGGAUUUCAAAACCAGCCCCAGCAACGUUGUGAGACACCCAUCGCUACAAAACAAAAACAGUCCA